UCCCUCACCUCUGCAGCCAUACCAGCUGAAAUCCACGGGCCAGACCCACAGAAGCCCAGGUCGGAACAAAACGCAUCCUGACUCAGUUUCGCCACGGACCGUCAAACCGCCCUGGGAAGGCCAGCUUUAGCCCUUCCACGCAAGCGGCCAGAGGGAUUCCAGCCAUGGGUGAGGUGACAGCAGAGGAGGUGGAGAAGUUCCUGGACUCGAAUGUCAGCUUUGCCAAGCAGUACUACAACCUCCGCUACCGGGCCAAGGUCAUCUCGGACAUGCUGGGGGCCAAGGAGGCCGCGGUGGACUUCAGCAACUACCACUCGCUGAACAGCGUGGAGGAGAGUGAAAUCAUCUUUGACCUCCUGCGGGACUUCCAGGAGAAUCUGCAGACCGAGAAAUGCAUCUUCAACGUCAUGAAGAAGCUGUGCUUCCUUCUGCAGGCAGACCGCAUGAGCCUGUUCAUGUACAGGGUCCGAAACGGCAUCGGGGAGCUGGCCACGCGGCUCUUCAAUGUUCACAAGGAUGCUGUCCUUGACGAAUGCCUCGUGGUGCCCGACUCGGAGAUCGUGUUCCCCCUGGAUAUGGGUGUGGUUGGUCACGUCGCACACUCUAAAAAGCUCGCCAACGUCCUCAACACAGAAGAGGAUGAGCAUUUCUGUGACUUCGUGGACAUCCUCACAGAAUACCAGACCAAGAACAUCUUGGCUUCCCCCAUAAUGAAUGGGAAGGAUGUGGUGGCCGUACUCAUGGCUGUGAAUAAACUGAAUGAGCCCCACUUCACCAAGAGAGAUGAAGAGAUUCUUCUCAAGUACCUCAAUUUCGCAAAUCUAAUCAUGAAGGUGUACCACCUGAGUUACCUGCACAACUGUGAGACUCGGCGUGGCCAGAUACUGCUGUGGUCUGGGAGCAAAGUCUUUGAAGAGCUUACGGAUAUCGAGCGGCAGUUCCACAAAGCCCUGUACACAGUCCGAGCCUUCCUCAACUGCGACAGAUACUCUGUGGGGCUCUUAGACAUGACCAAGCAGAAGGAAUUUUUUGACGUGUGGCCAGUCCUGAUGGGUGAGGCUCCACCCUAUUCUGGUCCCAGGACUCCAGAUGGAAGGGAAAUCAACUUUUACAAGGUCAUUGACUAUAUCCUGCAUGGCAAAGAAGACAUCAAAGUAAUCCCGAACCCACCUCCUGAUCAUUGGGCUUUAGUAAGUGGUCUCCCCACUUACGUCGCCCAGAAUGGCCUGAUUUGCAACAUCAUGAAUGCGCCUGCGGAGGACUUUUUCGAAUUCCAGAAGGAGCCUCUGGAUGAGUCCGGAUGGAUGAUCAAGAAUGUCCUUUCUAUGCCAAUUGUGAACAAGAAGGAAGAGAUUGUUGGGGUGGCCACGUUUUACAAUCGCAAAGAUGGGAAACCCUUUGAUGAGAUGGACGAGACCCUCAUGGAGUCUUUGGCUCAGUUCCUGGGCUGGUCCGUCUUAAAUCCCGACACCUAUGAGUCAAUGAACAAACUUGAAAACAGGAAGGACAUUUUCCAGGACAUGGUAAAAUACCACGUGAGGUGUGACAACGAGGAGAUCCAGACGAUCCUGAAAACCAGAGAGGUGUACGGGAAGGAGCCAUGGGAAUGUGAGGAAGAGGAACUCGCUGAGAUCCUGCAAGGAGAGCUGCCAGAUGCGGAGAAAUAUGAAAUUAAUAAAUUCCACUUCAGCGACUUGCCCCUGACAGAGCUGGAGCUAGUGAAAUGUGGGAUACAGAUGUACUAUGAGCUCAAAGUGGUAGAUAAAUUUCACAUUCCUCAGGAGGCGCUGGUGCGAUUCAUGUACUCGCUGAGUAAGGGCUACCGCAGGAUCACCUACCACAACUGGCGGCACGGCUUCAACGUGGGGCAGACCAUGUUCUCCUUGCUGGUGACGGGAAAGCUGAAGCGGUACUUCACGGACCUAGAGGCCUUGGCCAUGGUCACCGCUGCCUUCUGCCAUGACAUUGACCACAGAGGCACCAACAACCUCUACCAGAUGAAAUCCCAGAAUCCACUGGCCAAGCUCCAUGGGUCCUCCAUCUUGGAAAGACACCACUUGGAGUUUGGCAAAACGUUGCUGAGAGAUGAGAGCCUGAAUAUCUUUCAAAACCUCAAUCGCAGGCAGCACGAGCAUGCAAUCCACAUGAUGGACAUUGCAAUCAUCGCCACAGACCUUGCCCUGUAUUUCAAGAAGAGGACAAUGUUCCAAAAGAUCGUGGAUCAGUCUAAGACAUAUGAAACUGAACAGGAGUGGACACAGUACAUGAUGCUGGAACAGACCCGGAAGGAAAUUGUUAUGGCCAUGAUGAUGACCGCCUGCGAUCUCUCAGCCAUCACCAAGCCCUGGGAGGUACAGAGUAAGGUAGCUCUGCUGGUUGCUGCCGAAUUCUGGGAACAAGGUGACCUGGAGCGCACAGUGCUGCAGCAGAACCCCAUCCCCAUGAUGGACAGAAACAAGGCGGAUGAACUCCCCAAGCUUCAGGUCGGCUUCAUUGACUUUGUCUGCACCUUUGUCUACAAGGAAUUCUCCCGUUUCCAUGAAGAGAUCACUCCCAUGCUGGAUGGGAUCACCAACAACCGCAAGGAGUGGAAGGCGCUCGCGGAUGAGUACGAUGCCAAGAUGAAGGCGUUGGAGGAGGAGAAGCAGAAGCAGCAGGCAGGCGCGCAAGCGGCGGCGGGAAAUCAGCCCGGGGGCAACCCCGGUCCAGCAGGGGGCGCACCGGCAUCCAAGUCCUGCUGCAUCCAGUAGCCCAGCCGGGCAUCAGCUGACCAGAAUGGUCCCACCCUCCUGGAAAGAGAUUCCCCCAAGCCGGCGGAAACCCAAAAACCUUCUUGAGAAGUAAAAGAGUCCUAGGACUUGAAAGCGGAACGAGAAUUUAGCUUACAUCCUAUCUAGUGGUUUUUCUUUCCAUCAUUUUUUUUUUUUUCAGUUUUGAGUACUUUUCUCUUGCGCGAAAACCAAUCACCCAUCCUUUUCCAUUUCUUUCGCAUUUUUUCCCUUAGCUGAAGUCAUUUUUCUUUUCAGCUUGAUGGUAUUUUGUUUUUAAGUUUACUCAUUUAAGUAAUCUCUACCCCCCAUGUGGGACUCGAACUCACAACCCCAAGAUCAAGGGUCUUCUGCUCUUCAGACUGCGCCAGCCAGGGACCCCUUACCUGAAGUAUUUACCAGCACAUUUCAGACGUAUCAUUUCGCUCCUCCAUUACACAUCUUUAAAAACAUCCGGGCGUUUUCUAAUAUAACCCCAUCAUUAUCACAUGCAGCGAAUGAACACCUGAUAUCGAGGGGUGGUCGAUGCUGUGAUGAGCUGUGCAGACCCUUUCCUGAAGAGUAAAGGACGUGCGGUCCCCACAGCUGUCCCUCGGAGAUUCCCGCAGCUGCAGGGAGAUCCUUGACCCAAGGUCAUGGCCUUCCCCGGAUGGCCUACACCCAUGACAGAUCUAUGCCAGGUGUUAAGGCCUGGCCGUGUUGGCCCAACCCAGGACAACUCCACAGGGCCAUUCCAGUUCCAGGACUCUCGGUGGGGUCACCACGGCCGUCACCGGGGCUCCGUCACAGCUCGGCCUCUCCCUCUGCCCAUUCCCGCUCCCUUCCCUGCCUCAGGUGUUGGUCCCGUGGGCACCCCUUAAUAAACAUCCUGCAAAGACCA